AUGUCUUCCAUAGCAGGAUAUGGAGGGGGCGUUAACGGGUGUCACUACGCUGCCUCCAAGGGUGGCUUGACAGGUAUGAUGAAGAAUCUCUCCACCCGUCUUGCCGAAUACAAUAUCAGCGUCAACGACGUUGCACCCGCUAUGAUUGGUGAAACGGGCAUGAUACCCAAUGCCCAGGCCAUUCCGGAAGUUGCAGCGGGCAUCCCGCUGGGCCGAUUGGGAACGCCAGAGGAGGUUGCAAAUGUGGUGGAGAUGUGUGUGGUGACGGGUUAUUUGACGGGGCAGAGCGUGUUGUUGGCUGGGGGGUUGAAGUGA